AUGAGCUCCUCUGAAAAUGUACGCGUUUGCCCUAUGAAAUUUGGGAGUCUCCACAGCUAUGGCAUGUUGAGGUUAGCUAUUCCCUUUCAGUGGAUCCUCCGACAGAGGUCGAAGAGGGGUUGCACACAUUGCACUGGUUGAGUCUAGACCAUUGUACGGAGGAAGUCUUUUCAAGGAUUUCUAAAGUAAAAAAGUUGGGGAUUAUUUGUGGAUGUGAGUCAAAUCUAGAUGGCAUCAAGUCUAAGAACCUAAAUAAUCUUAACCGUUUGCGUGAGCUUGAGAAAUUAAUGAUUGCAUUUCGGAAAGGUUCGUCAUUAGGCCUUCAGAAUCUGGAUUAUUUGCCAAAAUGCCUCAACAUCAAGAAACUGAAAUUGAAGAGAACUUGUUUGCCUUGGAGUGAAAUAAGUGCAAUUAGCAUGCUUCCUCAUCUUGAGGUGCUAAAACUGAAAGAAGCCUCCAGUGAAUCAAAUUGGGAAGGCACUGACAGAAGUUUUAGAAAGCUAAAAUCCUUAUUCCUAGAAGCUAAAAACCUCAUUUCUUGGCAACUUAAUGAGGAGGAACAAUUUCCUUGCCUUGAGCGCUUAGUCCUUAAAAGGUGUUCGAGUUUGGUAGUGAUUCCGACUGACUUUGAAUGUAUCAUACCACUGAAGUCAAUUGAAAUAAAAAAUUGUUCCCCUGAUGUUUUGGAGUCCGCCCAUUUGGUUAAUAAAAACCGGCAGGAUGAUUAUGGAUACAAUCCCAUUGCUAUUCGCCACGUGGACCAAAUCGAAGAAGGAGUUGAUGAUGAUGAUGACGACGAUGAUGAUGAUGAUGAAGAAGAAGAAGAAUAAAUGAAUGGGAUAGCAAUGAUUUGUAGGAUCGGAGUGUGGUUUUGGUGAUUCAUAAAUGUUGGAGUUUGCUUUUUGAAUUAUCAUCAGGACAGUGGAUUCCUUGCGUUUGUUUUUUGCCUUUUUCUCAAGAAUGAUUGUGUUGUUACAUGUUUUGUGUAAUUGUAUAAAUUAUUGAGUUUGUAUUAUUAUUGCUUUUAGUCUUCCAUA